GGGCCGCGUUUUGCUGAAGGAAUGCGACACACUUUGUAUUUACAGCCCAAAGAAGCGACGGCACUUUCUCCGUAGUUGUGAAUAUACACAGCCUAUAUGUUACCGUCCGUUAACCGUCACCGGGUCCGGUGUUUCACAAAGACGUAACGACGAGUUUAAGUGAGUUUAAGUUCUUCGCGGAAGCAACUUUGUUGCAGUUUUCUUUCCUCUUCUCUUCGUCCUCCUGCUGCGUUUCCGACAUGAGAUCAGGUGGAUAGUGUGUGUUGCUGUACCUGACUAAAAGUCUGAUGCUCGGCUGGAGCUGCCACAGCCGCCAUCAUGUUCACCAAAAAGAAGAAGUCUCGUAUCCAGAUCUCCAAUCCAUCCAACUUUGAGCAUCGCGUACACACGGACUUUGACGAGCAGGAGCAGAAGUUUGUCGGGUUGCCGCGGCAAUGGCAGUCACUCAUCGAAGACACGGCCAAAAGGCCCAAACCCUUCAUCGACGUGACUGUCAUCACUACUGUAGAGCCGCGCAAGACAAUUGUACGUGGCAGCAAGCUUGGAGUGGACGGCUCUCUGACCUGGCUGUUGGAUGAGUUUGACACCAUGUCUGUCACUCGUUCCAACUCCCUGCGACGAGGAAGCCCUCCAAUCCAGCCUCGCAAGGACUCCAGCUCUUCAGUAGUAGGAGGGCAGGAGAACGGAGACCCUCACCACAGACACUACUCACACCAAGACAGAGACCGACCCAGACCGGACCGCCAGCAGAGCGGAGCUGACCCCCGCCAGGGUCAGCGUGCGCUCCGUCCUCAGUGGGACGAGGCAGUCCAGGGUCGGCCCCAGCAGCAGCCCCGGGGCCAAGAGCCCAGCCGGGCCCACAGAGACAGACCAGGCUCUGGCCCUCCUCCUCCUCCUCACAGAGACAGAGAGCCUCGGGACCGGGACCAGGAGCAGGCGGCUCACAGGGAUCAACCCAGUGACCAAAGGCCAAAGUCCAGCUACAUGGUGCGGGAUGGCAGCCCUCAGUCUCCCAGGGACAAGAGGCCUCUCUCUGGCCCCAACAUCCGCACCCCAAACCUGCCAGUAACAGAGGGAGUCAUGAAGACCGCCCAACAGACCACACGGCCGUUUAACACCUACCCGAGGGCGGACAGCGAGGGCGGACGCAGCCCCACAGGACAGCCGGGCCGACACCAUGAAUCUUCCCCUCAAAACGGCCCCUCUAGCGGCUCCAGCCGAGGUUCCUCCGGCUCCAAGCCCCCUGUAAGCCACCCGCACCCUCAUCACACCUCCCACCCCAGCCUGACCCCUGAGGCCACCCAGCACCCACACACCCCUCACCCCAGCGUUCCAGCCCCGCGGCCCCCCAUAUCCUCUGGGCCCCCGGCACCAGGUGCUCCGCCCCAGGGCCGCUCGCCGCAGAGGGAGCCCCAGAGGGUUUCCCAUGAGCAGUUCAGAGCGGCGCUACAGAUGGUGGUGGAUCCUGGCGAUCCGCGGACCUACCUGGACCACUACAUUAAGAUAGGAGAGGGGUCCACGGGGAUCGUGUGUAUCGCCACGGUGAAGACCACCGGGAAACUGGUUGCUGUGAAGAAAAUGGAUCUGAGGAAACAACAACGCAGAGAACUCCUCUUCAACGAGGUGGUGAUCAUGCGGGACUAUCACCAUGAGAACGUGGUGGAGAUGUACAACAGCUACCUGGUGGGAGACGAGCUCUGGGUCGUCAUGGAGUUCCUGGAGGGAGGAGCUCUCACCGACAUUGUGACCCACACCAGGAUGAACGAGGAGCAGAUCGCCACGGUGUGUCUGUCGGUCCUGAAGGGGUUGGCGGUCCUCCACACACAGGGAGUGAUCCACAGAGACAUCAAGAGUGACUCCAUCCUCCUCACUCAUGAUGGCCGCGUGAAGCUGUCAGACUUUGGUUUCUGUGCCCAGGUGUCGAAGGAAGUGCAAAGAAGGAAGUCUCUGGUGGGAACGCCGUACUGGAUGGCACCAGAGCUCAUAUCCAGACUGCCUUAUGGACCAGAGGUGGAUAUCUGGUCUCUGGGUAUCAUGGUCAUAGAGAUGGUGGACGGGGAGCCGCCAUACUUCAACGAGCCGCCGCUCAAAGCCAUGAAAAUGAUCCGAGACAACCUGCCUCCCAAACUGAAGAACCUGCACAAGGUCUCCCCUCUGCUCAAGGGCUUCCUGGACAGGAUGUUGGUGCGAGACCCGGCUCAGAGGGCGUCGGCCAGCGAGAUCCUCAAACACCCCUUCCUGACGAAGGCGGGUCCGCCGUCCUGCAUCGUCCCCCUGAUGAGGCAGAACAGGAUGAGAUGAAACCGGUGACACUGAGACCUCCAGACUCUGCAGGUUCAGACGGAACAGAAUACUCCUGCACACAGAGAGGCGGCCCACGGGGGGGUCAGAGGUCACGGAUCGGAGAGGUCCUGCUCUCAGAAAGAGCUGCAGAGUGUAAACCGGGUGUGCAGGAGUAUUCUUAUUUUCUUAUGUGAAUCAUUGAACCGAGGGAGAGUAUUCCCUUGAUAAGAGGCAAUAAGGCUGUGUGUGUGUGUGUGUGUGUGUGUGUGUGUGUGUGUGUGUGUGUGUGUGUGUGUGUGUGUGUGUGUGUGUGUGUGUGUGUGUGUGUGUGUGUGUGUGUGUGUGUGUGUGUGUGUGUGUGUGUGUCUGUGUGUGUCUGUGUGUCUGUGUGUGUCUGUGUGUGUGUGUGUGUGUGUACAUGUAUGUAUGUUGGCAACACUGUUCAUGACGGUGUUUCAUGGCUCAUACAUGUGCAUGAGAGCAGAGAACUUUGCCUGUCGAGUGAUUUUAGCCGAUUUCAUUUAAACGUUUUGUUUUAAUUGAAGACCUGGAACGAUUGUGGCUGUUUUUAUUUCUCCAUUUGGAACUUACCUGGAUUUUACGUGUGACGGUGGGGUUUUGCACACCAAUCGGAUGCUUUGAAGGAGCCUGCGGCGGAUUUUAGAGACUGUGCGGAGCCACAUUUUUAAUCUCACUACUAUUUGACGGUCUGGAAAUUUUCUCACUACGAAGACUUCUCCCGCGGACGGAUCCCAGACUCGGUCCUCAUCACACCCAGAACUUUACUACUGAGGGAGGAAAUCUUUUGACCCAGAAAUGAGUCUUUAUUUUGUAGCCAUAUAAAUACUAGCUUCCUGUUGUAAACAAGCAAACAAACACUAAGUCAAAAGGUAAACACUGGAGUUGUGGGGUUUUUUAAACAGAUGAAUUUUCCUCUUAUUUCCUCCUUAUUUUCCUGUGUAAGUACGAUGAACAUAGAGAGAUAUAUCAGUUUUGAUGUUUUGCUAUCUCUAUUUUGUGAUUGUUUUAUUAUUAUUAUUAUUAUUAUUAUUAUUAUGAUUUAUUUCUUUGUUUAUUUUAGAGCAAGAUGUGAUGAUUAUUGAAGCACUGUCAAUGAGAGAUAGAAGCUGCACUCCCGGUUGAUUCCAGAUAAUAGACACUAGACAUUUCAUUUAUUUUUUUUAUUUUUUAGACCAGACGUGAUGUGUUGACCAUGAACCGAGACGAGCAGGAAAGGUUUAACA